AUGCGCUUCUACCAGCUUUUCACUGCUCUAGCAGUUUCGACCACGGUCAUGGCGGCUUCUCCGCUUCGUUGUUCCCCAUUUCCUUCUUCUAUGAUAGAAUUCUCUUCCGGGUUUGUACAGCCGGAGCCACCACUCGUGAAGCCCGAGUUCAAGACCAACUUUGUUCAGCAUAAAUGGAACGAAAACCUGUCACACAUUACGACUGGAUUUAUUGAAAAUUCUCCAUCCAAGGGCUUUGUUCGCGCCGAUGAAGCGGUUGAUGGCAAGGUGGCUUUUUCCUUGUUCAACUACGCCAAUGUCACCAAGUCCGGCCUGGUCGACAACACCUUGACCACCUACACUCCUGGCUCCAACAAACCUGAAGUCUGGAGGGGAUAUGUCAACUCCAACUUUCCCAUCUUCCAAAAGGACAUUCUCGUCAAGGGGGGUGCUGUCUUUGAGGGCCUGGUUCAGAGGAAGUUUAUUCCAGCUCCUGUUGCAGCAUGGAGUCUCAUGUACCAAGAUGCGAUCCCCGUUACCGUUUACGUCGAUAACUGUCAUGUUGUGGUUGGCUAUGACUAUUUCUCGCCGGGCUUGCGGACUCGAGUCAUUAACGAGUUCUUCAACACCGAGGCCAAGGAAUAG